UCCAAACAACAUGGGGGGGGAACACAUUUACACACGACAUACGACGCCACGACGCGAGCACGAACGCAUCUGUCUCGCUGGCUGAUGGUGAUGCUGUGCCUAUGCUCUCGCGAGAUACGCACCCUCUGCCGUACAGCUGAUAACGUGGCUCGCUUUCAUCGUACCAAUCAUCCAACCAAUACACUCGCGUGAGUGGUUCGCUCUCCCACCACCACCCAGCUGUUAGCGCGCAAUCUCGUUCGCAAUCCAAAACCACAUAUACGCGGCCGAUAAGUGGUGCGUCUCCUCCAGUCCAUAAAAACCAGUCCGCCGAGACGGAAAACAGCUUAGUCAGUGCAGUGCGUUCGCAGAGCUCGCGCCAGCUCGCGACUAAUACCUGUUUGAAAGUUUUGCAAAGCGGCACACCGAUGGAGUACCGUGUGAGCGCUCCGGAGGCGCUGCACGAUCCGCUCGUCGUGCCGGACAAGCUGCUGAUGGGCCCGGGACCUUCCAACGCCCAUCCGCGCGUCCUGGAGGCGAUGAGCCGCCCGAUACUGGGCCAUCUGCAUCCGGAAACGUUGAAAAUUAUGGACGACAUUAAGGCGGGCGUGCGCUACCUGUUUCAGACGCACAAUGUGGCCACCUUCUGCCUGAGCGCUUCCGGGCACGGUGGUAUGGAGGCGGCGCUGUGCAACCUGCUCGAGGACGGUGACGUCGUGCUGAUCGGGCACACGGGCCACUGGGGUGAUCGGGCGGCCGAUAUGGCAUCGAGGUACGGGGCCGACGUGCACACGGUGCGUGCCGCUGCGGGCACUUCCCUCACGCUGGCCGAAAUUCGGCAAGCCAUCGAAACGUAUCGCCCGUCGGUGCUGUUCCUUACGCAGGGUGACUCGUCUACCGGCGUGCUGCAGGGAUUGGAGGGAGUCGGACCGGUUUGUCGGGCGAACGAUUGCUUGCUAAUCGUGGACACGGUUGCCUCGCUGGGCGGCACACCGUUCCAUAUGGACCGGUGGGAGGUUGAUGCAGUGUAUACCGGGUCGCAGAAGGUGCUCGGUGCACCGCCCGGCAUCACGCCCAUUUCCUUCAGCCAUCGGGCGGUCGAACGGUACAAAAGACGUCAGACGAAGGUGAAGGUGUACUAUUGGGAUAUGUUCCUGGUUGGCGAUUACUGGGGAUGCUUCGGACGACCACGCAUCUACCACCACACGAUAUCGUCAACCCUGCUGUACGGAUUGCGGGAAGCAGUUGCGCUUGCCUGCGAAGAAUCGCUUCCGUCCCUCAUUGCCCGCCACCAGGACUGUGCCCGCCGACUGUACGACGGGCUCCAGGCGAUGGGAUUCGAGCUGUACGCACGGGAACGCGACCGACUCGCCACCGUCACCACGAUCCGGGUGCCGACCGGUGUGGACUGGCUGCAGGUGUCGCAGCACGCGAUGAAAACCUAUCUGGUCGAGAUAAGCGGUGGGCUUGGACCGACCGCUGGGCAAGUAUUUCGCAUCGGGCUGAUGGGACAGAACGCGACGAGCGAACGGGUCGACCGCGUGUUGCAGGUGUUCCGAGACUCGGUCAAAGCGAUAAAACCCGACUUUGCAUUCCGCCGUGGUGCAUCGAAAAUGUAAUUCAUAUAUGCGCCAAAGGAUGAUAAUAAAGAAAGCUUAAUACCAGACAACA